GCCUACCUGACCUGUACUCUUCACACGGCACCCAGCACCUCACAGUAUGGACACCAUGAUGCGCACUCCUCAGCCAAGCCCGACGCGACGAGUCCCGUCCAUUACACAAGCGCAAAAGCGAGCGCUCGUAGACAACCUCCAGCUCGAGAUCACUGAAAGAGCGCUGAGACUGCGCACACAGUAUGCAGCGCAAGCUCAAGGCCUUCGGGCGCGUUUGGAUUUACGCGUAAAUCGCAUACCUCAUGCACUGCGUAAACGAAACAUGCAGGAACUGAUGGACGAAUACCACGCCAAAUCCAAGCCUGCGCCUCCUCCGCCAGUGCCAGUGGUAGUGGCAGCAAAACAGCAAAAACCCGAAACUGCGCAGUCAUCGCUUUCAAGAGCGAAGCCUGCAUCGAAGCGGAAGAGCGAUGAGAUCUCACUGGGCGACAACAAGGAAAAUGCGCUGGCCCAAUCAUCACAGGACAUUCCCAAUCCGAAGAAAAGGACCAAGACCGUGGUGACUGCAAACUCCAAAGCCACACGUGCACGUAACGCGGGUCCAGCAGGAGUGCUAUCGCCAAAGUCACACAAUUCACGCACACUGCCACACUCGCCAAUAAAACCGAUGGAUAAGAUGUACCCACCCCGACCUCAGUCCUCCGCUCAGACCGAUUCGGUCAAGCCGACGCGUGCGCCAAGUCGGCAGACCAAGCGACCUGGGGCGGCACCAGAGGCUGAUGGCGGCAGAGCGAGUGAAGGUAGUAAUACCAGUGCUGGAACGACAAUCGUAACUAAACCUGGAACGCGAAAGGCUGCAAACACCAAAAAGACAGUCCCGGCGAGACCUGCGGCAACGAGCAGGAAGCCAGCAGCCGCAAAACUGGAGGCCGCUCCGCCUGCUGCAGGGACGAGAACUUUGAGGAAGAGGAACUAGGAGGUAGCAAAGUGUGAAGUGCAAGACGGUCCGUAGACAUGACUUCGAAGAAGCGGUUUUGGCAACGGUAUGGUGUGCAGCUCCACGAUGCUCAUUCAUUUCGUUGUGCAUUUUGGCUCUGCGGCAAAUGGUUACGAAAAGCAUUCAAGCGCCACGGGCAUGACAGAACAAGCGUUCAAUACACAGGCGCAACUCAUGCCAGAACUUCGAGGGCCCCAGCAAUCGCUGAUGGUGCGACGUGUAAAGCACGGUAAACAAAUAUCCUGUCCGUAUCUUUAGUGCUUUGGGCCAAGAGAUAACGCGCGGGCAAUAGAUGCGAUGCAGCCGGGCAAGAUCCUUGCGCGCCAUGUGAAUAGUCGUAAGCGAAUGCAGCAGUGACUCUUAUACGCUGACGCUCUAUCUAAGAUGUCGGCUCACCAAUCGCCGUAUGCAGAUCUAUAGCCAAGAGAGUAGGCGCAUCGUAGAGGUCGAAAAGGCGUCUGCGGGUAUAUAUCUACGUAUCUGAGACGCCAUGAAAACC